UGUCACAGUGACAACACUGACAAGAUGGCGGAGGGCACUCGAGCAAAGUGAGGAGGACAACACAAUAUUAAUUACACAGCCUACAAAACAUUUAUAUUGUUUUCCCUCCACUGCGGCUGGUGGGUGACAGUGCACGGAUGGUGCGUUGGACUGGCGCGAGGUGACUGUAGAACCAAUGUAUCCCAGCUUGUUUACGCUUGGGGAGAUUUAUCGGCGGAAGACGGACAUUGUCAACUCAAGUCAAGAAAAAGCUUUCGUGCACUUUGUAAAAAGAUUUGAAAUGCCGAAGAACGACACGUCUCCGUCGUAUAGGUUUAACAAUAAUCUUUAGGUGUUUAUGAUUAUCUGUGUUUCUUCGCUGUAAUCGAGUUUUAGUGUUUUUUUUAACUGCGGGAUAAGUUCGCUAUGUAACUCGCUAGCCGAACCAUUUGGUCUCGAUCCAAAAGGUAAAGACCCUCAGAACACGGUGUUCUGACGAAACGUUUUUGCCCGAGGUGCUGAAGUCUGAAGGCUGACUGUGAUUUAUAAGUCAUCGACUUUGUUGGUUUACUACAGACAUUGCUCAAGAAGUCCUUAUAGUAUUACAGUUUUAAGGACCCACGUUUUGAAAGCCGAGUCCGCUAUUUCUGAUAUUUCUGGUUUAGCCAACUUGCUUGACGCCAUGGCUCACUCCCCUGUCCAGAGUGGCCUUCCAGGGAUGCAGAAUUUGAAAGCGGACCCCGAGGAGCUGUUUACCAAGCUGGACAGGAUUGGAAAGGGCUCCUUCGGCGAGGUUUUUAAAGGCAUUGACAAUCGGACUCAGAAAGUUGUUGCCAUUAAAAUAAUCGACCUGGAGGAAGCGGAGGACGAGAUCGAGGACAUUCAGCAGGAGAUCACAGUGCUGAGCCAGUGCGACAGCCCCUUUGUCACAAAGUACUACGGGUCCUAUCUCAAGGGCACAAAACUAUGGAUUAUUAUGGAGUAUUUAGGUGGCGGAUCGGCACUAGAUCUGCUGGAGCCAGGGGCGCUGGAUGAGCUGCAGAUCGCCACCAUCCUGAGAGAGAUCCUGAAGGGGCUGGACUACCUGCACUCAGAGAAGAAGAUCCACAGAGAUAUCAAAGCUGCCAACGUCCUGCUGUCGGAGCAAGGAGAGGUGAAGCUGGCGGACUUCGGCGUGGCGGGGCAGCUGACCGACACGCAGAUCAAGAGGAACACGUUCGUGGGCACGCCCUUCUGGAUGGCCCCGGAGGUGAUAAAGCAGUCUGCGUACGACUCCAAGGCAGACAUAUGGUCUUUAGGGAUCACCGCCAUCGAGCUGGCCAAAGGGGAACCCCCACACUCGGACCUGCACCCCAUGAAGGUCCUGUUCCUCAUCCCCAAAAACACCCCGCCCACACUGGAGGGCAGCUACAGCAAGCCCCUGAAGGAGUUUGUGGAGGCCUGCUUGAACAAAGAGCCCAGCUUCAGGCCGACCGCCAAAGAGCUGCUAAAGCACAAGCUGAUCGUGCGUCACGCCAAGAAGACGUCGUACCUGACCGAGCUCGUGGACAAGUACAAGAGGUGGAAGGCAGAGCAGUCUCGGGACGAGUCCAGCUCAGACGAGUCCGAUUCGGAGCAGGAUGGGCAGGCAGCGGGCGGCGGGGACUCUGGGAAUGACGACUGGAUCUUCAACACAAUCAGGGACCCCAAAAAGCUGCAGAACGGGACAGCCAAACCUGUGGAGGUGGAGAGUAGCAGGGUACAAGACAUUCCAAAGAGGCCUUUGUCUCAGAGCUUGUCCACAGUUAUUUCUCCGUUGUUUGCUGAGCUGAAGGAGAAGAGGGCGGCGGUUAGCGGUAAGCCCCUGGCCAUAGAGGAGCUGAGGGAGGCCAUCUUCCUGGCAGAGGAGGCGUGUCCCGGGAUCUCAGACUCCAUGGUGUCUGAGCUGGUGCAGAGACUGCAGAGGUUCUCUCUGGCCAGGGCGUCUUCCUCCACACAGUGAGAGCUGCUCUCCCCCGCUCCCUGCCCCCCUAAAGGGCGCUCAUCCACCAGCCUCCAGCCGCUUACAGCAGACUCCUCCGCCCUCUGUUCUUCUUUUAAACUCAUUUGUCACCGAGCACAUAGUCAAAUGCGCAGGGGGAGGGGUGUGUGGUCGGCACAGCGAGGGCGCGGCCCAGACGCGGUGUGUUUCACACAGGUUAACGGGGACUCCGUUCUUCUCAGUCCACUCAACUGCACCUUCUGGCCAAGUGCACGAAAUCUGAUCCGGUGUAAAAACGUCUGGAGAAGCAUCUGCUUUGUCCAGAAAACGUGUGUCACGCAUACCCGUGUGCGUGCGUGCAAACAUGUCUGUGUGUGUGUAGGUGUGUGUACACACCUGUGUGUAUGCAUGUGUAUAUGCACCUGUGUACAUGUGUGUACACGCCUGUGUGUAUGCAUGUGUAUAUGCACCUGUGUACAUGUGUGUACAUGCCUGUGUGUGUGUAUAUGCACGAAGUGUACGUGUGUGUACAUGCCUGUGUGCGUGUUUAUAUGCGGGCAUAGAGGCAUCCAUGUGCAUGUCUGGACAGGUAAAUGUGUCUGUGUGUCUGUGUGUGCGUGCAGGUGUAGGUUUUCUUAUGCCUGAGUGUGUGUUCUUACAAGUGCAUUUCCCUCAGAUUCCAGAAAGGUGUGUUUGAGAUUGGAGAGCCGUGCUGACGAGAUUGCAGACUCUUUUGAAACCUCAGGUGUCCUGCUGUAGGAGUGUGAGUUCCGUGCUAAUGGAGAACGGUGUGUUGGGUGGUUGUAAAUUUGUAUAUAGGGUCAUUUUUUUUACACAUAUUGAGAAAUAAAACAGUUUGCGUUAAAGGAAUCACUGUGUACAAACAGCCAAGUGCUUCUGUAGAUACUUUUAGUUUAGGAGUCUCACAAACGGCCAUAAAUGAGAAUUGCCUUGCCUUGAAACGUGUACCUUUUUUUAUCUUUGGUUUUUGCUGAUUUGAAAGAAAAAAGAAAAAAAAAAGAAGAAAAAAAAGGUUUACCAUUCAAUGAAUACUGAUACAUUAUUUCCAAAUAUUUGUCCAAUGGGUACCUCAGGUCUGUGGCGCUCACACAGACCUUGUUCCUUCACAAUCAUUGUUGCCAGAUAACACAACCUGCUGCUCUGAGACUUCUCACCAUCUGUAAUCCUGCAGCAGGAACUGUACUUGACCUCUCUAAGCUGCGAGAAAGAAAAAAUAUAUAUAUAUAUAUAUAUAUUUCCUUGUCUUUUAACCUUUUCCUAAAAGAAUACACUGUACCCAUCUCCCCUGCACCUUAAGAAAAUAAAAAAUAAAAAGGAAGUAAUAUAUUUAUAUUUUACCAUGCUGCUGUCCAAUGGUUGGCUGUUGUGCUUGUGUGCCACCUAAACUCCGCCCUAACCCCCCCCCCCUCAGAUUAAGGGGGGCAGAUGCAUCAGAACUAACCUCUGGACUCUCACCAAACCCACGUCCCACCAAGAAAAAAAUAAAAUAAAAAUCGAAUUAUUCUAUACAUAGCAAGUAACCGUCAGAAAAUAACAUUGGACUUUGUAAUGAAGAUCAUAUUUAGCCAGAGGCCUUUCUAACUGCACAAUUAGCAAGCAGGUUAGAAGAAAUUCCAAACAAGUACGGUAAUCACUUCCAGGAGAGAAGCACGUGUCUGGUGCAAAUUCAGAUGUCCUCUGACUGGAGCAGUUGCUGCUUUGUGUAGAUGGGGGAGGAAGCUGAGUGGGGGAAUGAGCCAGGCUCUGCCCGUCCUUGCUGGCUGCGGCUGCUGCUGCUGCUGCUGCGGCUGCUGCUGCAGGUUGUGCUGCAUGCUCGUGUGUAACGUCUGACCCCGAACGGGCUGGCCCCAGUGCAUGCACUGCGCCCCUCUCUGGCCUCCACAUGAACACCGCUAUUGGACAAAGUCACGAGGCCCCGCAUCCCUCCACCACUUUAAUUGGCUUACACCCUUUAGCUAUGGCGAUAAAUGUGUAUGUAGCAAUAAUGUAUAACUCAAGAAAUUUGGCAUGCUGGAAAACUUGCUGUCCACCCAUCACUGCAUGAGAGAAAUGUUUUUUUUGUUUUUGUUUUACUAAAUAUAGUAAACGUGUUUAGAGGGGAGGUUUUAACCAGGUGUUUUAGAUUUUCAAAUGGACACGUGUGUGGGGGUGACAUUCAGAUGUUUUAAUGGCUCCCUGGUGGCUGUACUUCCUAUGACAUAUCUGACCAGUGCAUUGGCUUCAGAUUACUUUGACUUGAUUGACAGUGUUUCAUUCACUUCAGUGAUCAAUUCUGGAAUUUUGUUUUGAUCAGUACCAGUAAAUAAAUGUAUAGAUAUCCUCUGUGCAUGCUUAUCAAGCAAUCCCAUUGCAGCACCAACAACUGCACAAAACUGUGCAAAGAGUGGAACGUGAUAUGUUCUGGCCCCUCCCCCAAAGCAUUCAGCAAAGGCGUUAGCCUACCUAUGCACAACACCUCAGCCUUUACCCAUAAUCCUCAUCUUCUCCAACAAUCCUCUUCCACAUGCAAAGGGUGCCAUGCCUUCCUUUCCCCCUCAAGUCGGUGUCACUUUGCACCUUGUGGAGACUGGCUGGUUUGACUCAAUCUGUGUUGCACUUUGUGAGAGUUUAUUUAAAGAUGAAAAGAAAGCUGGUACUUGAGGUUCCCAUUUCAUGUCAUUUCUUAAGAUUGCUACUGUAUCUUUUCAACUAUGGCAAUAAUCUGAGCACAUCAGGAUGCUAUCGACAGCACAGGUAUAUUGUAUGGAAUUAAUCAAUAAAGAUACAAAUCCAAUAUUUUUGUAACUGUAAAGAGCAAGUAUUGUAGUACAGAAUAAAUAAAAAGGUCCUCUGUGACAUUUAUUAAUGAAGAUGGGAUACUUAUCAAAGAUUAUUAAAAAAUGUGUAAAUUUCCUUUUCUGUAACAUGGCUCAGUUUAUAGUCCUGUAUAUAAUCCUUGCUUAUGUCAUUAAAGAAGAGGUAUUGAACUCCUUGUAAGCUUUCAAAUGAUUUAAGAAAAAUAAAAAUCUAAUGCAAAUUAAAAACAA